GCAAAAGGAACAAAGUUUCAGUUGUGGCUUCAUCCGGGAGCACCAAAAUCGAUUGUUUUCUAUUGCCGGGUGUUGUAGGAGCCCCAGAGGAGAGCCCAGGGGUCCAAGGAAUGGAGAGCGGGGACUGUGCAGGAGCCGGAGCAGCGAGAGAGGCCGGGCUGAAGGAUUUCUCAUUCCCAAACUUUGGCUGGAUGGAGGAGGAGGCUGUAAGGAAGAGGAAGAUGCCCCGGGACACCCAGGCAGGUGAGGAGGAACAAGGAGGUGAGGAUGGAGACCAGGGAGGACAAAUCCCCACAGAAGAACCUCGAGGAAGAGGCAGAUUUGAGCGGCUCCACGGGGCAGGAAUCCAACAGGGAGGAAAAGCUCCAGAGAUGGCACAGGAAGAGGGGACCAAACCCAGCCCAGGGUGCUCUGAGGUGAAAGGCUGCACCCUGAGCCAGGAAGGUGGACAGAGCUUCAGCCAGGGAUUGGAGCUGGUGACCCAUGAGCAGCUUCAUGACGGGGAGAAGCCCUACAAGUGUUUGGAGUGUGGGAAGAGCUUCAGGCAGAGCAACGCCCUGAUGAGCCACCAGAUGAUCCACACUGGGGAAUGGGCCUGUGAGUGUGGGGAAUGUGGGAAGGGCUUCAGCUGCUGCUCCCACCUCAUCAUCCAUCAAUGCAUCCACACUGGGGAGAGGCCCUAUGAGUGUCCUGCAUGCCAGAAGAGGUUCCAAACCAGCUCCAAUCUCCUCCUGCAUGAGAGAAUUCACACACAGGAGAGGCCCUUCCGUUGCCCCGACUGCGGGAAGGGCUUCAAGCGCAACUCCCACCUCAUCACCCACCGGUGAAUCCACACUGGGGAGAGGCCCUACGAGUGUUCCCAGUGUGGGAAGAGCUUCACCCAGAGCUGUAACUUGAACAGACACCACCAGAGGCACAGUUAAGGGAAGCCCUAUAAAUGCCCCAACUGCAGAAGGAGCUUCAUGCACUGCCCUAACUUCGUCCCCCCACUGGAGAACCCACAUUGGGAAGAGCCCUGGUGAUCCAUGGUCCCUGUGAUCCAUGCUGGGAAGACACCUAUAGCUUUUCCUGGUUCUGUCAAUGAUAUGAUGUGAGAUUGAAGAACAUGACGGUGUGGCCAUGGCCAUGAUGUUACAUUCAGUCCCACCUUAGGUUAUUGCCAGGGGCAGGCAAGGGACUCUCUCUCUCGCAAAGAGGAGGGUGUCCUUUCCAGGCAGGAGGAAAUAUGUGGCCAGGAAGAGACGGUUGUUGAUGUUGUAGUUUUCCCUGUAAAUAGUUUUUGUUUUCCCUUCUUUUACCAGUAUUGUUUCUCUUCCUGUUUGUUGUUUAUCUCGUUGCUGUUCCCAUUAAAUUGUUCUUAUCCCAG